AUGAGAGUCACUAAAAAUAUAUCUUGCUAUAUUUCAGCUCGAGUUGAUAAAGCAGGCCAUGAACAUUGCUGGGGAUGUAAGGAAUAUUAUGAUGAGUUAAAAGUUAUUGAUGGCUACAUUCAAGGCAUCACGAAAGCAUUAAACGAAACGAAAACAUCGCAAGGUAUUGAAUAGUUCUUAAAAUCUGCUUCUCAUAGACAAUUGUUAAUGAUCAUUGAAGAGAAUGGUUGCAGGCAGGCAAGGGAUUUUACUCAUCAAUGAUCUAAGACAAUAGUACCGGGGAAGCAUCGCCGGCCAUGGCGGCAUGGGUGAUUAAAUUAAACAUUGUGUCUGUAAUGCGAUGACGUAAUGACUAGGUCUAGGGAUGCGCUGGAUACUGUUUUGCCGGAUAGUACUCUACCGGAUAUCAGUCAGGGAAAAAUUAUAACCGGAUAUUAAUGGUGUUAUUUAGACAAUGCUUCACUAUUUAAGGUCCAUACUAUUUUUCUCCAUAAUAUAAGGUCCAUUGUUUUAGCAUGUGAUUUAUCUCUUUAUGUAAUAAACAUUUGUAGCACAGGCACUGGCGGGCAAUCUACACAUCGCGAAAACAUUUUGUUAAUGCACAAAAAAGACAAAGAAAACAUAUAUGGCAAAAUUUUACCGGAUAUCUAUAUUUUACCGGUACCCGGAUCCGGCACAUCCCUACCACGGUCAACGGGUAGAUAAGACAUUACUAUAGUGGAUAGAGCGUCGGUCGGCAAAUGCAUCAGGGUGUUCAGAUUUCUGAGGAUAAUUCUCAUCAUCAUCAUCAUCAGGGUGUUCAGAUUUCUGAGGAUAAUUCUCUCAUUGAAUUUUAAAAAUGUUUCCGCUAACAUCGGCCUUUCUUCAGGGUACUGCAGUAACGAAUAUUAUUCCCAUGGGCUGCAUGCAUGGUUGUAGAUUUUUUUAAUCUCUGUAAAAAUGCUUGAAAAGUUGUGAAACUACGGAUAUGUACCCACAAUAAAUACAAUCAAACUAGUAACCCAAGUAAGUAUAACCCAGUCUGGGUUAGACUGAUAAACAAGCAAUUCUAGAAAGUUCACUAUCCGGCCUUCGUACAACCGGACCCCAUGCAUGCAGAAGUGGAAAAACAUAUUUCUCGUAUAAAUUUCUAUUACAUUAAAAUUGUGCUAUAUCACAUUAUUUUUUGUUGAUGCCAUCCAGUGCUGGAAUGUCCGCCAGCAGCAGCAGCAGCGCUUCCAGGAAAUUUGGACUAAAUAUUUUUGCAGGAAAUCUUCUUACAUUCUUACACCUUGCAGGAAAUUUUCGUCAUCUUAUAUACUGCAUGGAAUGCCAUUAUUGUUUAAAAUUCCAGAAUCGUUCUGCAAGUCAAGAUUGUCUUGCCGAGAUUGUGCGGCACCAUACAUUCUCUGAAAUCUACCAUAUUAGGCAUAUAGGACCAUAUUAGGACCUACAGAUUGUCUUGUGUCGAGAUUGUGCGGUACCAUACAUUCUCUGAAAUCUACAUAUGUAUAGGAAGUUUUAUAUUGGACUUAUACAAGAAAUGUUUAUUUUUUGGAUUUUGUUGCCAGGAAGAGAAAUACAUUUUUUACGCCUGAUGCCAUCUUAUAUUUUUUAGGCAAGACGAUGUUAGAUGAAACUUUAAUGAUGGUAGUUAGUGAUCAUGGUGGAUAUACCAAUAUUCAUGGGGAAUGUAAUGGUCCUAAUACUGAAUGUCUAAGUUUUACUAUGACUGCAACCAUGAAUGUACCAUUGCUUCUCAGAGGUAAAAUUUCCAUUCACCACCAUCAUGUAUCCAUUAUGUCAAUCUAUCUGUUUUGUACUUUACUCUUCUCUAUUUUUAUUUUGCCUUGUACAGUCGGAUGAAAUUUUGCGUAAAAUAUUCCGAACUUCGCAAAUUCAUUGCGAUGUUGUAAUGUGACACUCUGUUGCCACGGCCACCUGGCAAAAGAGUUGAAGUCGAUUGUGAUGCGCUUGCAAUUAUUAAACGAAAUUUUUCACACAUCAGUCUUUCACAGAUUUGUAAAUUUGUAAGAUGAGUAUGACAUGCGUACCAUUUUAGCAGCAUUAUUUUCUAAAAAACAUCUGGUUUUAUUUCUUGGAAUAUUUCUUACCUCAACAAUUGGAGUGUAUCCGUUUUUUGGUAUAAUCAUUUUACCCUGCCUGUAUGGUCUUGGCAAAAACGUAAAAAAAUGGUAUACAGAACAAUCUCAUACAUAGAAAUUAUAUUUUGCACCUCAAUUGUUUUCUACUAUUAUUUAUCUCGUUAGGUCCAGGAAUAAAGAAGAACUACAAUAUGAGUGCCAGCAAGACUUACGUGGCCAACAGAGAUGUCGUACAAACUGCACUUCAUGCAUUAGGUUUAGAAAAAGGUCAAUAUAUGACUGGCAAAGUGUUACAUGAAGUAUUUAAGGAGCCGGAAGUAGCAGCCGUAAGCAAAGCUAGAUUUAUAAAUGGUUUUCAACAGUUAUUAUUCAUGUGUGUUUUAUUGUCUUUUCCUUAUUAUUUAUAAAGUGUUGCUGUAAUUUCAAUUUAAUUUAUGUAUAAAAUGUUAAAUAGAAUAUUGUUACAGACUUACAGUAGAGUAUGGACAUGUCAGAGGUGAAGAUCUGAUCCUUUGGCAUGUUAUCGCACGCGUUAGGUAUUGCCACAUAGAGUGUAUAAAGUAGUCCACUUUUUCCACACCAAAACCAUUCAAGCUUUUAGCUGCAAGCUUUUGACAGCUAAAGACCUGAUUUUCAUUGAUAAGAAAAAAAGUAAAACUAUAAACUCAAUGACAACGUGAUAACUCGCCAAAUUUGGACUACCCUUUUUUAUACACCCUGUAUAUUAAGUUGUCCUUUUGUUGUUGCAAAUUUCAGUCCUCAAACCUUUAUAUAUAAAAUUUAAUGCUAAUUUUCUUACUAAAUGGAUACCAAGCUGUGACAGUUGAAAAAUGUUGUUACAACUUCGGUACUUAUAGUUAAUCCACUAUCUUUCAGAAACAGAAAAUUGUUUUGGUGGGUAGGACCCCUAGCACUCCAUUACCACUUCACCCUCGCCCUAAGUGUUCGCAAUUGACCAUAUACAACGCCAUUUCAAUCGUAUCUAGAAAAUAUUGUGUAGAUUUAAUGAAACUGUGAUUAAAAGCUAUAUUGAAU